AUUCUAAUCAGUACAUUAUAUUUCUUUUUAGGCCUUUGCUGUUUAUUGUUUGUCUUCAUGUACUCAAUCAAUCAACCUUUAUUUAAAUGUUAACAUUUAUUGAACUUUUCAUCUUGGAAGUGUUCAGUCUUUUUCAUAUUUGCAUAUAAAAUAAUGAUGAGAGUAGGUGUGGGAUCCCCAUGUAGGAUGUUGAGUAGUAUACCGAGAUGUUCACAACACAGUCCUCCCAUAGAAGUGAGUCUGUGGGAAGAGGCGGAGCAUCUAUGGGAGGGGCGGAGCCUCUAGCUCUGUGACUUUGAGGAGAGGGCGGGGCGUCUAUCGCGUUGAUUCUUUCGGAGGGGGCGGGGCGUCUAUCGCAGUGAGCCCGGGCGCUGCAGGCUGCGCCACUCCAUCGCACGCAGAACGACAGCAAGAAGACCGAGCCACAGCUGCUGAGGCGAAACACACCGCUCACCAUUUCAGAGUCUCUAAACUCGGAGGACUGUACGUGACAGCUCUUCUCCCGCCAUGCUUUGUCCUCGCGCUGCUGCUCGCCUCUCCCAUCGCUGUUUGUCCAUGUCCUCCGUCCAUUAAACCGAGUGAUUAGACCCGGUUCUGUAUCGGCUCCGCGCCUCACUGACACGCCCAGGUUUUGGACACUGCCGACCCGGUGAGCCCUCCCCCCCGCUUCUCCUUCACCUUUUCCUUUUUGGCUCGGACUUUGUGCUCACAUUAGCAGCGGCUGCUCAUCUCUCUCCUCCGUGUUGCGUCUUCUUCGCCGGUUCUGAGGGACGAUGUCCGCGCGCAUCUAAACGGACGGCGGCGGAUCAUGGAUCCCGGUUCUUCCACUUUCCGCUCCCCAACGUAAAACCGCCUUCUCAAUGGACGAGGACAUAGACACCCGCAAGAUCAACAACAGCUUCCUCCGCGACCACAACUAUGCAACUGAAGCUGACAUCAUAUCCACGGUCGAGUUCAACUCCACUGGAGAGCUCCUGGCCACGGGGGACAAAGGAGGUCGAGUGGUGGUGUUCCAGAGAGAGCAGGAGAGUAAAAAUCAGCCACACCGGCGGGGGGAAUACAAUGUUUACAGCACUUUUCAGAGCCAUGAGCCUGAGUUUGACUACCUGAAAAGCCUGGAAAUUGAGGAGAAGAUCAACAAGAUCCGCUGGCUGCCUCAACAGAAUGCUGCCUACUUCCUCCUCUCCACCAAUGAUAAAACCGUGAAGCUGUGGAAGAUCAGCGAGAGAGACAAGCGGCCAGAAGGUUAUAACCUAAAGGACGAGGAUGGCAGGAUCCGAGACCCCACCACCAUCACGGCCCUCAGAGUGCCAGUGUUAAGGCCCAUGGACCUGAUGGUGGAGGCUACACCUCGCCGAGUGUUCUCCAAUGCACACACUUAUCACAUCAACUCCAUCUCGGUCAACAGUGACUAUGAGACAUACAUGUCCACAGACGAUCUGAGAAUCAACCUGUGGCACCUGGAGAUUACCAACAGAAGCUUCAACAUUGUUGACAUUAAACCAGCCAACAUGGAAGAGCUGACAGAAGUAAUCACUGCGGCUGAAUUUCACCCCAACCAGUGCAACACAUUUGUCUACAGCAGUAGCAAGGGCUCCAUUCGGCUGUGCGACAUGCGAGCAGCGGCACUCUGUGACAACCACUCCAAAUUCUUUGAGGAGCCAGAAGACCCCAGUAAUCGCUCCUUCUUCUCCGAGAUCAUCUCCUCCAUUUCAGAUGUGAAGUUCAGCCACAGUGGUCGUUAUCUGAUGACCCGUGACUACCUCACUGUUAAGGUGUGGGACCUCAACAUGGAGAACAAACCUCUGGAGACCUAUCAGGUCCAUGACUACCUGAGAAGUAAGCUGUGCUCCCUCUACGAGAAUGACUGUAUCUUUGACAAGUUUGAAUGUGUCUGGAAUGGAACAGACAGUGUCCUCAUGACGGGCUCCUACAACAACUUCUUCCGCAUGUUCGAUCGUAACACCAAACGUGAUGUAACGUUGGAGGCCUCACGGGAAAACAGCAAACCUCGGGCCAUCCUCAAGCCACGCAAGGUGUGUGUGGGAGGCAAGCGGCGUAAAGAUGAGAUCAGUGUGGACAGCUUAGACUUCAGUAAGAAGAUUCUUCACACGGCCUGGCACCCUUCUGAGAAUAUCAUCGCAGUGGCUGCCACAAACAACCUCUACAUAUUCCAGGACAAAGUCAACUAGCAUGUAGCUCUAAAGUCUUUUGUCAUCACAGAGAGAGACACAGGUGCUAAUCCUCAAGGGGAAUUGGCAGAUCUGAAGAGGUUGGACUUAGUGGCAGCGGUUUCAAGAAACACCUGGUUGAACAUUUUGGCCUCACAAAGCAGACUGUAACCACUGCACUGAAAUCCUAUGUACUGCGAAUUUCAGGUCGCCAGAAACCGUGAAGAAUGCGACGAUGGCUGCUGCCUACGACUUUUGAUUUUAGGUUUUUUGUUUGUUUUUUUUUGAUGGUCUCUCUUGCUGUAGUUUUUGUUCGGUAUGCACAGCAAUAGAAUGAAGAUUGAAGAUACAUUUUGCUGCAAGGUGGGGAUGGGGGGGGGGUGGUCUUGUUUUUUUUUUAAAUCAGAACUGAUCAUUCACAGCCCAAGUCCUUUGACCAGUUCAUGUUGGUUGGACUGAGGAUGCUGAUGAUGGAAUGCAUUGUUGUUGCCAGACUGCUGUGGCCUUGAGAUGUCCAUCAGCUGUACCCUUGUGUUCAAUUCCAACUUUUAUUUAUUUAUUACCCUUUUACUUCAUGAAAGUGCAUGCAUCAUUUCAACACCUCGCUGGGUUGGAAGGUGCACUGUGGAAUUAGUUUAAGUUGGAGGAAAAACAAUGUAGCAACGUAUUGCUUUUGUUCUAAUUUUCUAAGGAAAUUCUAAAAAGUGUAAUUAAAAAAAAAAAUCCAAAAGGAACCAAGUUUUCUUGUGUCAUGAAUUCUUCCUCCUGUGCUUGAUUACUGCUCAUGCAUUAAAAAAGAGCCCAUACAAGGGAACUUCAAAAAAGAGCAAAGCCUGAGGUUGCAUUUAUUUCCAGUCAUUGUAUACAGAAACAGCAACACUUCAAAAGCAAACCACUUUAAGAAACAUUAAACAUCCAUGCCCUGUUCCGCUGAGUGGUACAGGAGUACUCAAAUAAUUGCCACACUGGCCUGCACAGCACUGUCCCUGCUGUCGUAGCAGCAGCCUACUUUA